CCGUCCCAGCUUCUCUUUUCUUCUACAAGCUAGCAAUCCAAAUCAUCCAUCAAUGGAUGCCAUUGUUGCUCGAGAGCCGGAAAGAACAUCAGAGAUACCUGCUUGGAAGCAACGCGAGACGGAGACGGUCGGUUGGAGCUCAGGGACGGUCGAUCCAAGAUUUCUUCUCUUUGAUCUAUCCGACAUGCUUCUAGAUGAACCCCAGGACUAUGGUGAUACCGAAAACAAUCCACUACAAUUCUCUGGUAUCUUUGGUCCUUCUACCGACUCGAUCGAUGCUCUAUCGACACGAAUAGUCACUCUGUCAAAUAUCCUUCAAGGACUGACUACCAACAAGCCUCAUCUUGGGGAAGGACUCGACCAAAGUUGCCAAAGAGGAUUCUUUACAACAUCUCAUUUUCAGCAUGUUUUGGUCUUCUUCUUCCGCCGGAGGCAUUACCAUCAGGAUACGAUACACUGGCCAACAUUUGAUCCUGAAAAGGUUUCACUCCACCUGCUGCUAGCUGUAGUGUUGACUGGAACUGUUUAUCUUCAAUGCCUAAAUCAAUCUUCUCCCUCAUAUAUUAAUACACCGCUGCUAGAAUUAGCAGAAAAGUAUGUAUACAAGGAGCUAAAAGAAUUGUCAGGUCAAGAUGUCAGCCCAGUUACUUCACAACACAUGCUUGAAAUAUGCCAAGCUGCGGUGUUGAUGAAUACUCUCGAAGGCAGCGCAAAUCACAUCGAAGCUCGCCGAAGGAUAGCAAGCAAAAGAAUUCCAACACUAGUCGCGACGUUGAGAAAAUCAAACAUGAUGAGUCUCAAACACGAGCCCGGCAAAAGCUGGCAAGAUUUUGUUCACCGGGAGACGUGUAUGAGGGUCGUUACAUGGACUUUUAUGAAUGACUCACUCCUGGGGCUCUUCUGUAACCACCCACCCAUCAUAACAUCAAAGGAGAUGACUGGAGAUCUGCCAUGUCCGAGUGAUAUCUGGGAGGCAGAUUCAAGCUUGGUUUUUCAAGAAAGGUCGCGGUAUAGAUUAACGAGGUCUUAUCCUUCAAGCUGCAGCGAAGCGAUAGCAGGAAUGCUUGAUGAAGAAUGGACGCCUGCUACUAGAGACUCCUUUGGAAAAUUAGACCAUUCAGAUCUCUUUUAUCUCUCUUCAGGUCUUGGGCGUCACAUAUUUCAUUAUCAGGAUGAGAGGAGGUGGCUCGGAAUAGGGAAACAUACUCCUGAGGUUAUGGCUUUGUCCAGGCGGACCAUUGAACUCAUCGAAUCUGGUGAAGCAAAGAAUUCAGCUUAUCUUCAGGAUAUCGCAUGUUAUGACACGGCUGUCUUUCACGACUUCGUUCAGAAGUACGGACAAGAAAGCCCAGGUACAGCGAAGAACUGA